UUUCUUCGACUUGAAAAGUGGAAAAACCUUCAUUUGCGUGGCUGAGAAUGCGGCUGGAAACGCCGCCUCUAAGAAUUACUUAUCUCCAGGCUUCCAGUUUCUUCAUUUCCUCUUUACCAUUUCUUUCUGGAUCCUCAUCUGAAAAGCCUAGCUGUCUUGUUUGAACAAUUAAUUUAGAAAACAAGAAUUUUGCGUUGCUAGAAAGAUGUUGUUUACAGCCAUGGGAAGGCAAUUGAAAUGGGGUGCGCGGCAAAUGAAUUGCCCGACUUCAUAUUCAUCAAGAAGACAAAUUUCCAUUGUAAGCAAGGGUUUCAUGGCUCGUCUGCAGAGGGAGCUCGAUGAAUUUGCAGAGGAUCAGCGCAUCCGAACGGCUGCCCCUGAUUGGCUCCCUUUCCGCCCUGGCUCCUCCUUCUGGAUGCCUGAGGUGCCACCUCACCAGCCAUACUUGUUACAGACGCAAACCCUUCAAGAAAGGGUCGACGACGACGAUGAGGAAGAGGAAGAGGAACAGGAAGAGGAAGAGGAGGAGAUAGCUAGGGCUUCUGAGGACAAGGAGGAUGGCAAGGUUGUCUGCCAUCUGGUGCUCCUUGACACGUCAUCGCCGUCAGACUCUGAAUCUGAGAGCUAAGUUUCACUGUAGAUACAAUGAAUUGUUAAUAAUAUCAACUAACAUGGAUCUGGGCAUUUCUCUGGAUUUUGACCCCUUAAAAACAGAAAAAAAAACUUCUGAAGAGCGUUCUUUUUUCGGUAUCGAUAAAUCGCAUUCAAGUUAUACUGUAGUUGUUCAUUUUCGACAAGUUGUGGCAAUUUAGUAUUUACCAACUGGCGGGUCGUAGAUUUAAGGGUUACUAGGGUUUGAUUACCUUACAGAGUCACGGAAAUUGUACCAUCUGUGUAAUAUUUCCAAGUAAUUUGGGCCUUUCUAAUGUACAUUUGACCAGAAGAAGGAAACUAUGUCUACAGAAAUAUAAAAUUUUUUAGUGAA